CGCCUGCGUUUGCGCAUGCGCGAGGGCCGGGCGGCCUGCGCCUCCCCGGCUCUGCUCCUCGCCGGCGCUGCGGCCAGCCGGACCGCCGGAGGCCGGGCGUCCCCCGGCGGCCGAGUCGCUGCCCAGGCCGUGGCGCUGGCCGAGGUCGUCCGGGCACCGUGGCUCGGCCAGCGUUCGGCGUCCCUCGGCCAUCACAGCAGCAGCUCCUGGCGCGGCGUCCGGCCCGCCCCUGCCUGGCCACCCCCUCCCGGAGCCCGCCGGGUCCCCGCGGCAGGGGGUUCUGCCCCUGAGGGCUCCGGGAACGCCUGCCUGCCGAGCUGGGCGCCGUGGGCACCCGCCAGGGUCCGGAGGCCAGCGGCAGGGCCCCUCUUGCUCUCCCGGGGUCCAGCCCCUUGGCCUCCACUCAGGGGUCCCGCGCCCCAGCUUCCUCCCCACGCCGGUGCCGUCCCUGGCGACCGUGACAAAUGGCCCCCCGAGCUGCGGAGAGCGAGCAGGAAUGAGGGCGUGGGGCCCCUCGUGCCUGUGCCUCGGGGUCCACGUGGUCCCUCGCAGCAGCAGGUGGAGAGCAGACUCGGCGAGCUCCUGAAAUGCCGGCAGCCCGCGCCGCCGACCCUGCAGCCCCCGCGGGCGCAGCCCUCCGCGCAGCAGCCCGGACCCUGGCCCCUGUCGAGUCCGGGGCCCAGGCUGGUGUUCAAUCGCGUGAACGGCCGGCGGCCCCACGCCACGUCCCCGUCCCUGGAGGGCACUCAGGAGACCUACACGCUGGCCCACGAGGAGAACGUCCGCUUUGUGUCCGAAGCCUGGCAGCAGGUGGAGCGGCAGCUGGACGGCGGCCGGGCAGGGGAGCGUGGGCCCAGGCCUGUGCAGUACGUGGAGCGGAGCCCCAACCCACGCCUACAGAACUUUGUGCCGAUUGACCUGGAUGAGUGGUGGGCGCAGCAGUUCCUGGCCAGAAUCACCAACUGCUCCUAGCAGCCGCCUGGGAGGGCGCGCGGGCCCGGCCAGCCACGCGCCGGCCACACCUCAAGUGCCAGCAUCCGUACUCUUGCACCUCUGUGCCCUGGCUCCGCCGUCCUGGGCCGCCUGGGGCUGGGGCUGAACUGACCUCGAUCCUGUCCAGCGUGCACAGGGACCAGCUCUGGAGCCGGCGGGGAGGGGCUCCAGGCUAAUAAAGUUGAGAAAGUGC